AUGUUAACAAUAAAACAACGAUAUAGUAGUUUACGACAAUUUAGUUUUGAGCGUGAAUUUCCAUUAACAGAAGAACUUGAAUCACCGUCACAUAUAUUACCUUUAGAACCAAAACCAUUAACUAAACCUGAGAAAAUUGAUGAAUUAGAUGAUAAAGAAUUACUAGAAAGAAUCAAUAAACUUAAAGAUGAAAAUGAGACUAUGCGUCUUGAAAAUUUACUUUUUUCACGUUAUUUAUUACGUGUAACAAAACCAAAAAUUAUUGAAACAUUUAAUGAUUAUGAAGAUAAAACUGAUAUAAUUGUUGGAACAUUUGAUCAAACAAAAGUAAUUGAUACUGGUCGAGAAAUUUCAUACAAAAUAAGCACUACUCAUACUAGAGAUGGUAAACCAUUAUGGAUUAAACGAUCAGUAAGUUCACGUACACCUACUGAUAUACGAUAUAUUCCACCUAUCGAACAAAAACGUUUCUUUAUUGCUUCUUAUGAAGUUGAACAAACACAUUUAGAUUGGCAACGAAUGAAAGCAAAUGCACUAGCAGCAAUUGAUAAUUUAAAGCUUUUAUAUCGAAAUAUUCAAUCUGAUUACAACUCUCAACAAUUACUAAAUCAACAACUAGAACGACAGAUAGAUAAAUAUCGUACUCUUAUUGGUGAACAAGAAUUUAAUAGUCCAUAUUUAUCAGUACCAGGUGAACUAUUUGUUAGUCGUGUUCAUAAACUUAUCGAUUCUCGUAUAAGUUCAAUUGGUGCUUUUCUUGUUAAUACAGAACUUCUACAUACACAUAUAGAACGUGUUGAUGUAAGAAUACGUCAAUUAGAUGAUUUUAUGACUGGAACAAAUAAAGUUGAAAUUGAUUGGGAAAUUAAAAAACAAAAUGAUUAUAGUACAAAAUUUAAAAAUCUUGAAAAUAUCUAUAUAAUAGAAAAAUCAUCUUAUUAUACAGUAGUACAUCAUUUAGAAGAAAUAAAAAAAAAUUUAAAUGAACAAAAAUUAAAAAUUGAAGAUCUAGAAAAACAAUUUGAAAUUUUACAAAAUGAUUUAGAACAAAAAAUAAUUGAUAUUAAUCAUAUUAAACAAGAAAAUAAUAAAAUUCUAAAAGAAAAUAAUAUUUUAAAAGAUCGUAUUGAUACAACAUUAAAAGUACCAACAAUUAAUAAUUAUGCUUAUAUUACAGAAAAACGAAAACUUUUACAAAAUGAUAUUAAUAUAUGGACACAAAGAGUUAAUAUUGCUGAAACAUUAUUAUCACAAUUAAAACGACAAAAUAAACCACCGAAAAUUUUACCACCAUUACAAACAACUAUUUAA